GUGAGACGACAUGGGAGAAGAAGAGAUAUCACUACUUAAAUUUCGUACUCUCCCUACGCUCAGGACCUCUGACUUCGCUCUCACCGACGAACCUUCGUCAUGGAAUCGCGGGAGAGGGAACAUAAGAAGCGGUGGCGUUUUGAGCAAUUUCGCGUCCUUAUCGGUAGCUGUUAGGAGAGAAGGGAGGGAAUCUGAUGGAGCAUUUGCGUCCGUUUCUGUGGUGAUUAAGAAGGGAGAUGACGACGUAUUCGCGCCUACACUGGCUCAGCUAUUGAAAAACCCCGUCGCUCUUUUGUCUUUCGUACCGAAAGACCCUGCUCUGUUUUUCGCAGGAGCAUUCGCCGGAGCCGCCGCAAAGUCAGUGACGGCACCGCUUGAUCGUAUAAAGCUCCUCAUGCAGCCACAGGCAAUUAUGCUAAUUGGAAGAGAAGAAGGUGUUAAAGGUUAUUGGAAAGGAAACCUACCUCAGGUGAUAAGGAUCAUACCUUAUAGAGCGAUCCAGUUAUUUGCAUAUGAAACAUACAAGAAACUCUUCAGCGGAAAAGAUGGCCAAUUGUCUGGUCUUGGCAUGCUUGGGGCUGGUGCUUGUGCUGGCAUGACCUCUACCCUGAUUACAUAUCCUUUAGAUGUGCUGAGGUUAAGGUUAGCUGUUGAACCGGGGUAUCGGACCAUGUCCCAGGUUGCCUUGAACAUACUGAGGGAGGAAGGACUUGCAUCAUUUUAUAACGGUCUGGGUCCUUCGCUUUUAAGUAUAGCUCCUUACAUUGCCAUCAACUUCUGCGUCUUUGAUCUGGUAAAGAAAUCUUUGCCAGAGAAGUAUCAAAAGAAGACACAAUCAUCUUUGAUAACAGCAGCGGUGGUUGCUGCUAUUUCUACGGGUACAUGCUAUCCCUUGGAUACCAUUAGAAGACAGAUGCAAUUGAAGGGUACUCUUUAUAAAUCAGUAUUUGACGCCUUCUCAGGCAUCGUUGAGCGUGGAGGAGUUAUUGGCUUGUACCGUGGAUUUGUCCCCAAUGCCCUUAAAAGCAUUCCAAACAGCAGUAUAAAGCUUACAACAUUCGACAUUGUUAAGAAACUCAUUGCCGCAAGUGAGACGGAAUUCCAAAGAAUCGUCGAUGAUAAUCGCAAGAAAUCAGCAACUCCUCCUCCUAACUCAAUCGAUAAAGAAAAGUAAAGUCGCUGUUAAGUUUGAAUCUCCCUUUGAUCCUCCUAACAUCUUCUUUUGCUGUGUGUAUUUUUGAAUUUGAAGGCAUUAAUUAAGCCCAUAGAGUGUAUGUCACAGUUCAUAUGUUUUGGUAAUUAAAGUUGGGUUGUCUCCCGGCUUUACGUUCA